AUGGCGUCUUCUUCUGUUGCUCAGCAUGCUGGCUAUGGUAUGGCGGGCGCCGAGCCCAAGGGGUCAGCUCAUGGCAGUAGCACAGUGCACACGCUGCCGCCAGCGCGUCCCCUCAAACUGUCUAACUUUGAGCUCGUCAGAACGCUCGGCACAGGCACCUUUGCCCGAGUCUGCCUUGUCCGGCCGGCUGGUGCAACUGUGGCACUGGACCGGCAAGACGACUCCGAGGUGUACGCGUUGAAAAUUCUCCGAAAGACAGAGGUCAUCAAACUUAAGCAAAUCGACCAUGUGCGUCACGAACGAGCUGUCCUUGCAGACGUUGCCGGCCACCCCUUCAUCACGAAUCUGAUCGCCUCGUUCGCCGACACCGAUUCCCUAUACAUGCUCCUUGACUAUGUGCCUGGCGGUGAGCUUUUCAGCUAUCUCAGGAAAUUUCGACACUUUGAAGAACCAGUUGCUCGAUUCUAUGCCGCGGAGAUCGUUUUGGUGCUUGAAUUUCUCCACGAGCAUCAGGGUGGCGUGGCUUACAGGGAUCUCAAGCCUGAGAACCUCCUUCUUGACAGAGAAGGUCAUAUUAAACUUGUUGAUUUCGGGUUCGCCAAGCGACUUGGGCAUCAUGAUGACCGACCUGUGGAAACGUACACGCUUUGUGGGACACCGGAGUACUUGGCACCAGAGGUGAUACAUAACAAAGGGCACACUACAGCUGUGGACUGGUGGGCGCUGGGCAUUUUACUAUUCGAAUUUCUCACCGGAUAUCCCCCAUUCUGGCAUCAAAACCCGCUAGAGAUAUACAAGCAGAUUGUAGAGAAGCCUAUUACGUUCCCAACAGACCCGCCCAUUUCCCCCGCGGCGAAGGACAUUAUUUGCUCCUUCUGCACGGUCGAUCGCUCGCGGAGACUUGGAAACAUUAGUGGUGGAGCAGGCAGGGUAAAAUCGCAUUGCUUCUUCCAGGACCUUAACUGGGAUGAUAUCCUACAACGACGAACUUCGGGGCCUAUUAUCCCGCCCGUCCGCUAUCCCGGCGAUGCUCAGUGUUUUGAUAUAUAUCCAGAGGACGAUGGGAAGCGGGACACGUAUACAUCAGAGAUGGCCCAACAGUAUGAUGAGUACUUCCGGGACUUCUAG